AUGUACUCGUAUGUGUUGCUGAGUCUUGUAUGUGCUUACUUUUUUUACAAAAGUUCUACCGUAUUAUCAUUGUUAAAUAAAGAAUAAUAUUAAUAAUUUUGAUAAUAGGGUUGGGUAAAUAAAAAUUAUAGGGUAGGGUAGAUAUUGUAAAACAUCUAUAUAACAUGUUGACCAAAUAUUUUAGUUUUUGUUGGCCAAUUUGCAAGGCAGUGAUUGUGACAAAAAGGAAUUGAAACCACCAUUUAACGUUGGUAAGUUGGGGUAGAGUAAAGUAGAGAAGAGUAAAGUAUAGUAGGGCAGGGUAAAGUAGGGUAGGGUAGGGUAAGGUCGGGCAAGGUAGCGUAGAUCUGGGUAGAUGAUGGUACGGUACUGUAUGGUGGGAUAACGUAUUGUAGGGUAGAGUAGAGUAGCGCAUUGUAGAGUAAGGUAUGGUAGGGUAGGGUAUAGUAAAGUAGGUAGAGUAAGGCGUAUUAGGAUAACCUGCUGCUGAUUUGAAUAUUUUUUAAAAAGUAUUUUCAAAACUAACAACAGUACAUUCUAAUAUUUUUUAGCCAACACUCUAGCUCUAGGCCUCCAAACCAAUACCAAAAACUUUUCGGUUACCUUCUACACUGAAUUGGGCGAAAGACCUUUGCGAAUGCAGUUCUCCUUCACCGACCCCAUUCGUCUACUUGGACCGUUUUGA